AUGAUUAGAUCGUUUGCCCACCAAGUCCUGGCAGCGCUCCGCCUUGCAUCAUUGAUUAAUUCUUCAAUAAAGCAAAAGCUGCGUGCUCAUGCGCGCCGGACGACACGUCGAAGUAAUUUCGAAGGAGAUGGAUCUUUCUGGUUUUUAGUACAUCUACAAACACCACAUGCUUCACAACCAAUUGACUCAAGUCUCAAUCAAGUCUAA